UUCUCUUCUUAUUUCAGGGUUUAGCUUUUUCUUUCUUCUGCGUUAUUGAUUCCCAAAUUUAUCGCAAAAAAUUAGGGUUUCUUUCUCGAAAUCGAUUUCAAUUACAAAUUUCCGAUCCGCGACCAAAGUUAGGGUUUUUCUUUCUGUACGAGAAUAAUGCCUCCAAAGACGCCGAAGAGAGGGUCUGCAUCCGGUGGUGCAAAGAGGGGUGGAAGACCAUCGAGAGGGACUGCUAAGGCUGCACAGAAUCAACCUGAACCUGUGGAGGAGAAGAUGGUGGUUGAAGAGGAGCCUAAGGUGGAAGAGAAUCCUGCUGUUGAGGAAAAGCCUGUGGUGGAAGAGAAUUCUGUUGUUGAGGAUAAAGCUAUUGAUGUGAAUCAGACAACAUCAGAGGCUGCAGGAGAAUCCGUGUCUGUGAUGAAAAAAGAUGAAGAGGAGGUUAAAGAGUCUAUAGAUGAAUAUGAGAAGGAUGAACGUCUAGAUUUAGAGGAUAAUGAUCCUGAAUAUGAACCUGAGGAGUAUGGUGGAGUUGAUUAUGAUGAGAAGGAAAUUGAACAGGAAGAGGGUCACGAGGUUGGAGAGGAAGUUGAGGAAGAAGCUGAAGACAAUGUUGGUCAAGAAGAAGGUGAAUCAGGUGAGGAAGAAGUCGAAGAUGGUCAUGAUGAAAUGGAGGAGGGUGAAGAGGAUGAUGAGCAUGCUGGUGAGGAGCAUGAGCACGAGCAGGCAGAGCUGGGUGACGUGGAAGAAGAGGAACAUCGCGAGGUUGUGAAGGAGAGGCGAAAGCGGAAAGAAUUUGAAGUGUUUGUUGGGGGCCUAGACAAGGAUGCUACAGAAGAUGAUCUGAAGAAGGUUUUUGGUGAAGUUGGGGUUGUUACUGAGGUCAGGCUGAUGAUGAAUCCUCAAACUAAAAAGAAUAAGGGAUUUGCAUUCUUGCGUUUUGAAAACGUGGAGCAAGCUAAACGAGCGGUAGCAGAGCUUAGAAAUCCAGUGAUUAACGGCAAACAAUGUGGUGUUACUCCAAGUCAGGACAGUGAUACCCUCUAUUUAGGAAACAUAUGCAAGACAUGGACAAAGGAAGCUUUAAAGGAGAAACUGAAGCAUUACGGAGUUACAAAUGUUGAGGAUGUGACUUUGGUUGAAGAUUCUAAUGAUAAAGGAACAAACCGUGGAUUUGCGUUCUUGGAAUUUUCCUCACGUUCAGAUGCUAUGGAUGCCUUUAAGAGGCUGCAGAAGAGGGAUGUUGUGUUCGGAGUUGAUAAGCCUGCAAAGGUUUCAUUCGCAGAUUCUUUUAUUGACCCUGGUGAUGAAAUUAUGUCGCAGGUUAAAACUGUAUUUAUCGAUGCACUUCCUCCUUCAUGGGAUGAAGAUUAUGUCCGGAGUCUUCUCAAGAAAUAUGGUGAGGUUGAAAAGAUUGAACUUGCCAGGAACAUGCCAGCUGCUCGUAGGAAGGACUAUGGGUUUGUUACCUUUGGCUCACAUGAUGCGGCUAUAAGAUGUGCUGAAAGCAUUACUGGUACCGAAUUGGGUGAAGGGGAGAAAAAGGCUAAAGUGAGGGCUAGGUUAUCAAGGCCACUUCAAAGAGGCCGCGGAAAACACGUUGGUCGUGGGGACUACCGCCCGGGCCGUGGGUCCGCAAUAUUGUCAAGACCUUCUUGGAGCCGACCUGCACCCCGUAGUUUUUCUUCGCGCGGGGUAAGAGGAAUUGGAAGUCGUGCACUUCCAGUCAGGCCUAUUAGUGCUAGAGAUAGACGCCCUGUUAUGUCUAUACCGGUUAGAAGUAGGCCACUACCUCCUCCCGUUAGAUCUUAUGAUAGAAGAGCAGCUGCCCCUCCUGCAUAUUCAAAAAGUAGCUUGAAGCGAGAUUAUGGUCGGCGUGAGGAUCUACCACCUCCAAGAAGUAGAGUUGCCGCAGAUUAUGGAUCAAGAGUGGCCUCUGAAAGACGCCCAUCUUAUAGAGAUUAUCCACCCCGUGGAUCUGACUACUCUGAUCUCCCUAGAAGUUCAUCUCGUGCUGCACCAAGGAGAGGUUAUGUGGAUGAUGGUUACAGCCAAAGGUUUGAGAGGCCCCCUCCUCCACCCCCUCCCCAUUCAAGUUAUCGUGAAGGGCGCCCUCGUGAUUAUGAUGCUCCUCUACCUGGGUCAAAACGUUCUUAUGCUGCUGUGGAUGAUGUUCCCCCACGAUACGCUGAUACUGGUGCUCGUCAAUCAAGAGCUCGAGUGGAAUAUGAUUAUGGGGGCAGUGCUUCACAGUAUGGUGAUGCUUAUGGUGAUAGAGUUGGAAGAUCAAGUCUUGGAUAUGGCAGUGGCAGCCGAAGUUCUAUUUCUGGUCAAGAAUCACACGGAAUGUAUAGCAGUCGGCAGGGAACGGGUUAUGGUGGAGGAUCUUAUGGUGGUAGUGAUGUUGGAGGAGGCAUGUACUCGUCAAGUUAUGGUGGUGAUUAUGUUUCGCGUGGAAGUGAUGUUGGCGGCAGCUCAUAUUCGUCAAUGUAUUCUGGCAGAGGUGCGGGCGGCGGUAGCAGUUACAUGGGCAGCAGUGGAUCGGGAUCUUAUUAUUGAGAUCUAUUAUAAUAAAGUGGCUGCCAUAGGAUGACGGCCUUUGAAGCUUAUGGAUGUUAUGAAGCCUACAAUUUGGAGACAAAGGAACAUUGCUAUUUAUAGCAAUAUAUUUGGGAAUUUGUCAGCAAAAAAGAGGAUCAUGUCAAUUCAAGCUAUCUCGGAUCUUCUCUGGAUGGGAUGUAAUAUAUCAGUUCUUGAUUUUGUGCUGUAUGGACUCAAGUUAAUGAGAGACGGAAAAAGAAAUAUUUAGCAGUGUUGUGUAACCAAACCUUGAUUUAUGAUGCCAUUUAUGGGCAGAUAAUGUUAAAGAUUUGUCAAUGCUCCAGAUCCUUUCAUUUGGACAGAGACCAAGGCUAGGGAUGCCUUCUUGUUUGGUUAAGGAUUAAUGGAAUUUUUAUCUGCUGAAUUUAUCAUAAA